CACAAAAGAAACAAUAAAAGAAGAAAAAUGAAACAAAUUGUCAUAUUCUUCCUUAGUUCCCUUCUAGUUUUACUAUUCGUUUCCAGCUCCAAAUGCGCCCGUCUCCAGCCAUCAAUUCAAGUGUUCUCAGAUGAGCAGAAGAUACAAGUUAUUAGACCAACUCAGGAAAAACCUUCUCUAAAGUCACAAGAAGACUUAUCCGCCCUGAUGGGUUUGGAAGAAUCAUGCGAGGAUAAUGAUAAAGACUGCCUCAGUAGAAAGAUGGUUUUAGAGGCUCAUUUAGACUACAUUUACACCCAAGGUCGCAAACCUAACAGCUAAAUUAUACUAAAUGUUUUAUUUUAUUUUAUUUUAUUUUAAUUUUUACAAUAUAUAUGACAAAAUAUAGCAAGCUAGAGAAGAUGAUAUUAAAUAUGUAACCCCACUUAAAUACUAGUGGAUUGGGAAGGUAUAAUGAUGCAUAUGUGCAUGUGUAUAGCUAUAUCUUUAUGUAUAUAUGUAGAGUAUAAACUCGACCACUUCUUUAAUUAAUAAAUUGAUACUCUUAACUC